CACUGGAGAAGGAACGAAACCGAGGCAUUGGGAAGCCACUGCUAGGAGGGCCCUUCUCGCUCGUCAGCCACGAGGGACAGCCCAGGACCAGCAAGGACUACCUUGGCCAGUGGGUGCUCAUCUACUUCGGUUUCACUCACUGCCCUGACAUCUGUCCUGAUGAACUGGAGAAGAUGGUUGCGGUGGUGGAUGAAAUUGAUCGAAUUCCAUCUUUGCCUAACCUGACUCCACUGUUCAUCACCAUCGAUCCCGAGCGGGAUAGCCAAGAAGCCAUUGCCAGAUAUGUUAAAGAAUUCUCUCCGAAGCUGGUUGGGCUGACUGGUACCAGGGCACAGAUUGACCAGGUGGCUAAAGCUUACCGUGUGUACUACAGCGAAGGCCCCAAGGAUGAGGACAACGAUUACAUCGUGGAUCACACCAUCAUAAUGUAUCUCCUUGGACCUGAUGGUGACUUUGUGGACUACUAUGGCCAGAAUAAGAGGAGCACUGAGAUUUCAGCUUCUAUUGCUUCACAUAUGAGAAAAUACAAACCCUAAAACACAAGGUCUUUGAGAAUUGCUGUGAGCAUCACCUGUGGGUUUGGCUGUGAUUGGACAUUGGAGUUAGAGCAGAAGGACAUGAGUGUAACAUCCUGUCACAACUUCCCUCCUUUCUUCCAGAUAAAAAAGGCAAUCAUGUUUCUGCAAAUUACCAUCACCAAAAAUCUCUUCAGAGCCUUCCCCAUGGAUGUGAUUUGCAGCCCGAUCUAGGCUGCAGAAUAAAAUUUGGGA